AUGUAUUGUAUGCAAUCCCCAGAUUUCCCGCUUGGACGACAGUUCCCUUGUGAUUCAUGUGAACUCAUCUUUCCAUUGUAUGACCAACUUAAGCGCCAUCGCCAAACAGCCCACCCAUCAGCAUCAGCUUCAAAGACCUUCACCUGUGACGUCUGCCACAAAAUCUUCUCACAGAAAAUGUCACUGAUCAACCACCAGCGCAUCCACACUGGGGCAAAGCCAUUUGCAUGUGACCUCUGCCCCAAGUCAUUUUCGCAGGUCUCCAGCCUUCGCUGCCAUAGCCGGACCCACACCGGGGAGAAGCCAUUUCGGUGCAGUGUGUGCGACAGGCUGUUCAGCCAGAAGGGCAACUUGCAGGUACACAUGCGCCGUCACACAGGCGACAAACCCUUUUCGUGUGAGGUAUGCCACCGAGCAUUUAGUCAGAAAGGCAACCUGCAGACUCACAUGAAGCGGCACGUCGAUGGCAAGCCACUCAGUUGUCAUAUCUGCGGCAAGGUUUAUAUCUACAAGUCACUGCUCAAGUGCCACGAGAAGACCCAUCUUGUGGAGCAGAUGGCUGCAGCAGCAUCGGUACAAAACAGUAAUGUUGGUGGUCAGGCUGAUGGUUAUGGCCACAGUAGCAGCAGCACCACCAACAAUGAUCCUAACAGCAGUAUGAACAACAACAACAAUGGUAAAGUCAUUUCUGACAGCGACGUCAUAUACAAGCAACUAUAA